AUGUUCUUGCAACUUGCAACUGUUCAAGCUCUUAAAAUUCCAGGUAGCAUUUCUGUAGAAGAUACAGAAACUGUAGUUCAAGACGAAUUAACUCAAAUUUUAACUCCCCAAUCACAAAGUUAUCCAAAUCUUUUUAUUGGCCUGAAAUGUUCUACUGAAACUAGUAAUAUUACAUCAUUAAUAGAAGUAAACCAGAUUUCAAGUAACAUUUUUGUAGAAGAAGAUAUAGAAACAAAAAAUUAUCAAAAAUAUUCUACUGAAACUAGUGAUAUUACAUCACUAAUGAAUACCUCAUAUGCAGAACCUAUCGACAUAGAUUUAAUUAAAGAACCAGAAAUAGACAAAGUUUAUCAAAAAAUUCAAGAUGAACUAACCCAAUCCUUAAUUCCCCAACCACAAAGUCACCCAAAUCCUUUUAUUGAUGGAACUUGGAAAGACCAACUAAAAAAAAUCUUAAACAAAUUAAAAGACAAAGACUGUGUUCUAAAAAAACAGAUCAAGACUAUUGAAGCAUAUCU